CGGCGGCGGGAGGCGCUGCGCGGCCAUGCAAGGCCUGGCGCGGACUCUGCGGCGGGCGGCGGCGGCCGGGCGGCCCACGGCGCCACGGCGAGGGGGCGGCGGUGGCGGGGCGCGGUCCUGGGGCUGGGGGCUGACGCUGGGGCUGGCGCUGGGGGUGAAGGUGCCGACGGCGGCGGGCUGCGGGGCUGGCGGCGGGCAGGAGGCGGAGGCGGAUCCGCGGCUGCCCCCUCGGGGCUUCGGCGCCGCCAUCGAGAGGAGCCGGGAUCUGCUGCGGAGGGUUAAGGAUGAAGCAGGAAUCCCAGGUAUACUAGUUGGAGUUUCUGUAGAUGGAAAGGAAGUCUGGUCAGAAGGUUUGGGUUAUGCUGACAUAGAGAAUCGCGUAGUAUGUAAGCCAGAGACGAUCAUGCGAAUUGCUAGUAUUAGCAAGUGUCUUACAAUGAUGGCUGUUGCUAAAUUGUGGGAAGAGGGGAAACUGGAUUUAGAUGCCCCGGUGCAGAAAUAUGUCCCUGAAUUUCCAGAAAAAGUGUACGAGGGUGAAAAGGUCGCUAUUACUACCAGACAGUUAGUUUCACACUUAAGUGGGAUUCGUCACUAUGAAAAAGAUAUUACAAAAGUAAAGGAAGAAAAGGAAAAGGCAAACAGAGCAUUUAAACUAACAAAACCCUAUCAGGAUAAAGAACAAAAAGAAAAAGAAGGCAAAGGGAUUGAAAAGAUGGAUUCUGUCAAACCAAGGGAAGAACAUGAAGGUGAGGUAAAAAGCCUAAAUUUAAAACCUGGCAGGAGAGACAAGGAAUUUGAGCAAGAGGAGUAUUAUUUGAAGGAAAAAUUUGAAAGCGUGGUUGAAUCACUGAAGAUAUUUAAAAAUGAUCCUUUAUUCUUUAAACCAGGUAGUCAGUUCUUGUAUUCAACUUAUGGCUUUACUCUUUUAAGUGCCGUUGUGGAGAGAGCUUCGGGACAAAAAUUUACAGAUUAUAUGCUAAAAAUGUUUCGUGAUUUGGAUAUGCUAUCGACUGUACUAGAUGACAAUGAAGCAAUGAUCUAUAACAGAGCAAGGUGUUAUGUUUACAACAAAAAGGGACGGCUGGUAAACGCACCGUACGUGGACAACUCUUACAAGUGGGCUGGUGGUGGCUUUGUGUCAUCAGUAGGUGAUCUUCUGAAAUUUGGAAAUGCCUUGUUAUACAGUUAUCAAGCUGGACGAUUUAAAAGCUCUGAUGGCAAACUUCUUCCUGGGUACCUCAAACCAGACACAGUUGCAAUGAUGUGGACCCCAGUGCCAAAAACGGAAGUAUCGUGGGACAGGGAUGGUAAAUACGCAAUGGCUUGGGCUGUAGUAGAGAAAAAACAACAAUAUGGCUGUUGCAGACAGCAGAGACACUAUGCAUCUCAUACAGGUGGUGCAGUGGGGGCAAGUAGUGUCCUCCUAAUUCUUCCUGAAGAGCAGGACUCUGAAGCUAUAGAUACUGGACUAGUGGCACCACCUAGAGGAGUAAUUGUUAGUAUUAUCUGUAAUAUGCAGUCAGUAUCACUCAACAGCACUGCCUUAAAGAUUGCAAGAGAAUUUGAUAAAGAAAAACGGGCACAAUAUAUAGAUUAAAAAAAAAGAUACAUGUAACUAAACUCACUGUACUGAAACAUGAAAAACAAAUGGAGAAGGGUGUAAUUGGAGGCUAAGAUCACUAAGAACAUGUGAACAAAAAGCAUCAAAAAUUCACUUAUUAACUUCUGCUAGUGGUGCUAAACUUACGUGUAACUGGAAUUCAUCCCUCAGGGAAGUCCGUAACUUACAGGAAAGGAGAAUGUAACAGUCAAAUUUGACUUCCUGUAGUACGUGUGUAAAUUAUAUUAGCUGGGUUUUUUUCUCAUCCAGUCAAGCACUUGGCCAAGAUUAAAAAAAAUAACAUUGUUUUCUUGCACUGAGAAGUAUAACAACAGAAUUAUUUACCUUAAAUAUUAAAUUUUUGAAAAAUGUUACAUCUUGACUUGAGCACACAAAGACAUAAUUCGUUAUUCUCACAGUUCCAGUCUGCCAAAACUGUUCGGUAUUACUUUUUAAAGAAAAAUAAUUUUGUUGAUUUUUAUAUUUUCACAUAGUGCUUUUCUUAUUUGCUUAAAAAGCAAAAAAAAAAAACAAACAAAAAAAACCCAAACCAACAAAACCCAAAUCUUGAAGCUACCUCCAGAAUGCAGAUUUAUACUGGAAGUAUGUUUUUGUCAGAGCUGUGGAUUGUUAAUUAUUAGAAAGAAUGAAGCUAAAGUAAUGUAAGUACAAUUCUUUUUGUUAUUUAGAUGUCCUCUCUUCCAUUUUUAUUGGACACAGAGAAUGUGUGAAACUAGUUCACUGUGAAAUAAGGGUAUUAUUUCCGCAGUUGUACGUGCCUGAACAGCACAACACGGUGAGCUGUCAAACUGUCUCAUUGGUUUUGAGAGAUACACGUGCUAACUUUGGUAGACAGAAAUGGCGCUGUAUUCUGUAAUGUGCAUAUUGCUUUAGAUACAGGAUAUAUGAACUCAAUGCAGUAACGUUUAAAGCCCGUUCUUGAAGCCAGCAGCAGAAGUCUUGCAGACUUUUGAGAGGUUAUUUUGAAAACUAUCCUUUUUUCCAUUUGGAGACCUGCCUCAAGGAGUUAGUUUUGCACAAGGUUGAACAAGAAAUUGUGAUAAGAGUUCCAAAGAAGCAUUUUCUAAUCUUCAGUUUUACUAUAAGAAUACAUUAACAUCUGAAUUUGCUGAUUUUGUAUAUUCCAUAAUGGCACGGAAGAUCUCUAUGAUUGCCAAGUUUUAACCCCAGCCCACUUCCUGUGCAGUUACAUCAGACAGUAUUUCCAGGCUGAGGCAGAACAAAAUACCGUUCAGCAAAGGUUUGAAUACUUGUAUCCCUGCACUCUUUAGCAGCUCUGCUUCUCUGAAUUUAAGGAGCAAGAUGUCUUGUAUCACAGCUAGCAGAAGAUAGUCUUACCUGCCUCUUUCCCAAGUUAGUGCUUUUAGUAUUAACUUCAUAGUUGUUACCUGCCCUGUGAUGAAACAACAUCCUAUCAUGUCUGUUACCAGUUUGCCUAUAAUAACACUUAUUACCUAAGAGUGACAAACCAGAAAAUUUCAUGUUUUGAGGUGUCGGUAUUUUACCUACAUUUUUAAUUGACGCUAGCAGGACUGGUUUAGUACUCGUCAUAAUUAUAACCAUUCUUGUGCCUUAAAACAGUAAAAGCUCACACCUAAACUAUUUGCUUAGGUUUUCAAGCCCACUCACCAAAACCUCACUUUUUAAAAUAAUUAAUAAUGGGCUGUCUUUAUCGCAGUAAUAGCAAAUCAGUAGAGACAACAGAGAGAACCUUUCUGAACAAACUUUGAUUUGGUCAGGAAAUAAAUUACCUACUCUUCCACUGAAGUCUUUGAUAUUGUUUGACAGUUCCAAUACUAAAGUACUGGAGGUGAGUGUCUUCUACAAUAGCAGCAAUUUUUUUUCCAUUCUUGAGCACCUGCUAUCUGGGUAAACAUGCAGCAGCAGAAGUCAUUGCCUGUUUUACACAGGUAACAAGAGUAAUUAGUUCUGAGUUGUUUUCAUGUUGAAGAAUACAUGAAUAACAAUAGACCAAAUACAGUGUUUUAAACAUAGAAAAUGUGAAAAGUAACACUUAUUUUAGGAUUUAUAACAUACUUUUCUUGUAUGACGCAUGUUUUACAAACAGUAUUUAUUCCUGAAAACCAUUUUGCAUACUUGAGACAAAGCAGGCUUCACUCACUGACCAUUGUGUUUGGAUUUAGGCAAAGAGAGAGAAUGUAGAAGGUAUAGGUUUACCAUUAUGCUUGUCUGCAUAUGACCAAACACUAAUAAAUGUAAAUAAUUGUAGUAUGUGUGAAAGUGAAUAAUGAAGUGCCUAAGGCAUUUCUUAACACCAAGAUAUUAAUGAUAGUGUCUCACUCCCCUCAUAGAAUGUUUAGUCACCAACUUUUUAUGUGCAUACCAUGUUAUUUAUACUGUAUCUUCUGUAACUUCAGGCUUUAUAAACACCAAAACAACCCAACCACUCUGUCACAUGGACAGUAUUGAAGAUGCUAUGAUAUCUAAAUUUCAUCUUCCAGUACAUGGAACAAAAUGGGUCACUGACUUUCUCUGAUUUGAUAUUCACUUAAUCAUGAGUUCUUAUCUUUUAGGGUGGAAGAAGAGAAGGCAGAGAAAUUAGUCUGGCCUCACCUGAAUACACGUGGUCACAACUGAAUUAAUAUUGCUACUUUGAUCUUUGUUCUGAAACAAGUUAUUUGAUGGACUGGCAUUAAGUGUGGGAAACUGUCUUGUCAAUUAAGAGCAGCUUUCAUGAUAAACUUGCUCUUAAAUCAACCUUUAUUGUGAAAACACAGUAUGGCACGGACAUAAAAACUGUACUUUUCUUAAAAGACUUGUAUACUAAAUUGGUGUGUCUAUUUUUGUUUUGAACACCUGCUUUUUGCAUAUGGUAAUUUUAAGCGUUCACUGUUUGAAUUAACUGAAAUAAAGCUUGUAAAUGCAACAAACU